UUCCCGCGUUUGGAGGAGAGCAGACUGUGGCUCCGCCGGGCCUGUGCCGGGUGGUCUGUCACCCGGCGUCCAUGACCAAGACCUGCGAGUGAUCGGCCUGCCUUGAGGUCCACCAGAGGGAACGAACGUCGGAGACCUGUGUAUCCGCAAAGCAAGUGUUGUGAAGAUUUGCUCUCGGAAAAAGGAAGGAUGCCACUCUUCUUCCGGAAGCGGAAACCCAGUGAGGAGGCUCGGAAACGGCUGGAGUACCAGAUGUGUCUGGCAAAAGAAGCUGGGGCAGAUGACAUUCUUGACAUCUCUAAAUGUGAGCUCUCAGAGAUUCCAUUUGGGGCUUUUGCAACAUGCAAAGUUCUGCAGAAGAAGGUGUUGAUUGUCCACACGAAUCACCUCACUUCCCUGCUUCCUAAAUCCUGCAGCCUCCUGAGUCUCGCCACCAUCAAGGUCCUGGAUCUUCAUGAUAAUCAGCUGACAGCCCUUCCUGAUGAUAUAGGGCAGCUGACAGCCCUCCAGGUCUUGAACGUGGAAAGGAAUCAACUGACGUAUCUCCCGCGUUCCAUUGGGAACCUGAUCCAGCUCCAGACCCUCAACGUGAAAGACAACAGGCUGAAGGAGCUUCCAGACACCUUGGGGGAGCUUCGGAGCCUGCGUACUCUCGACAUCAGUGAAAGCGAGAUUCAGAGGUUGCCGCAGAUGCUGGCGCACGUUCGAACCCUGGAGACUCUGAGCCUGGACGCAUCAUCCAUGGUCUACCCCCCACAGGAGGUGUGCGGCGCCGGCACCGAGGCCAUUCAGCAGUUCCUCUGCAAAGCAUCAGGGCUGGAAUACUACCCCCCUUCUCAGUACCUGCUGCCAGUCCUGGAGCAAGAUGGAGCCGAGAACUCCCGGGACAGCCCCAGUGGGUCCACAGACAGGUUCUCCAGUGAGGAGGUAGACUGGCAGAAUAGGUUCUCAGACUAUGAGAAGAGGAAGGAACAAAAGAUGCUGGAGAAACUCGAGUUCGAACGGCGCCUGGAACUUGGGCAGCGAGAGCACGCCCAGCUCCUUCAGCAGAGCAACAGCCAGAAGGACGAGAUCCUUCAGACGGUCAAGGAGGAGCAGUCCCGGCUGGAGCAGGGCCUGAGCGAGCACCAGCGCUACCUGGAUGCAGAGCGGCAGCGGCUGCAGGAGCAGCUGAAGCAGACAGAGCAGAACAUCUCCAACCGGAUUCAGAAGCUCCUGCAGGAGAAUCAGAGGCAAAAGAAAAGUUCCGAGAUUCUGAAGUCGCUGGAAAAUGAAAGAAUAAGAAUGGAACAGUUGAUGUCCAUAACCCAGGAGGAGACAGAGAACCUACGGCGCCGUGAGAUCGCCUCGGCCAUGCAGCAGAUGCUGACCGAGAGCUGUAACAGCCGGCUCAUCCAGAUGACCUAUGAGUCUCAGAGGCAGAACCUGGUCCAGCAGGCCUGUUCCAGCAUGGCUGAAAUGGAUGAGCGGUUCCAGCAGAUUCUGUCCUGGCAACAGAUGGACCAGAACAAAGCCAUUAGCCAGAUCCUGCAGGAGAGCGCCCUGCAGAAGGCGGCCUUCGAGGCCCUCCAGGUGAAGAAGGACCUGAUGCAUCGGCAGGUCCGGAAGCAGAUUAAGUUAAUAGAAACUGAGUUAUUGCAGCUGACACAGCUGGAGUUAAAGAGGAAAUCCCUGGACACAGAGGCACUACAGGAGAUGAUCUCGGAGCAGCGCUGGGUCCUGAGCUCCCUGCUCCAGCAGCUGCUCAAAGAGAAGACACAGCGAGAGGAGGAGCUCCGGGAGAUCCUGAUGGAGUUAGAAGCCAAAAGCGAAACUAAGCAGGAGAAUUACUGGCUGAUUCAGUAUCAGCGGCUCUUGAACCAGAAACCCUUGUCCUUGAAGCUGCAGGGAGAAGGCCUGGAGCGCCAGCUGGUGGCGCUCCUGGUGGAGCUGUCGGCGGAGCACUACCUUCCCAUCUUCACCCACCACCGCAUCUCGCUGGACAUGCUGAGCCGGAUGGGCCCUGGGGACCUGGCCAAGGUGGGCGUCUCGGAAGCCGGCCUGCGGCACCAGAUCCUGCGCAGAGCCCAGGAGCUGCUGGACGCGACCAGGGCCCAGCCAGAGCUGCUGAAACCACCCCAGGGCGAGGUCCUCCCCACGGCCCCUAAGGAGCUUCCCAAGGCAGUGAGACCAUCAGCCCCCUGCGCAGAGCUGGAGGCCCAGGCCUCAGAAUGUGUUGUGUGCCUGGAACGGGAGGCCCAGAUGAUCUUCCUCAACUGCGGCCACAUCUGCUGCUGCCAGCAGUGCUGCCAGCCCCUGCGUACUUGCCCACUGUGCCGCCAGGACAUCGCCCAGCGCCUCCGCAUCUACCACAGCCGCUGAGCGCCGGCUGCCGGCCCAGGCCUGACACCUCCAGCCCCACCUCUGCCACCUGCGGGCCCAGGGCUCCAGCUCCCGCUCUGUUCUCCAUGGACUAGUACGAGCCCCUCUGUCCUGG